UUGGUGACUUGCGGUAGUGAAUCAAGAAUACUAGCAUUUGCAGGUCACGAAAAUAUAAAUAAGGCGAUGGUGACAAGGCGAGGAAAAAGUAUAUUGUUUCACGAAAACUACAUUGACAUAGCUCACAUUUACGAUAUUGGAUUAAUCUUUUUAGAAAGAGGUUUACCUUUAGGAAACACAAUGAAAAGAGUGAUACUUACCAAACAAAAUAGUGUCGGGCUUACCGCCGUGGUUGCGGGAUGGGGACUUAUAAAUGACGUAACAAGGGAGCGCACCCACAUCCUAAGGUCAGCUAAACAAGAUAUAAGGCCGAUUGAUACUUGUUUUGUAGACAGACGGCGACUGCCUGGUAUGACUUGCGCAGGCAGUACCAAUAUGUAUCUGCCAAGACCUACUGUAGGAGAUUCCGGCAGUGCUCUUGUCAUCGAGAAUAACAAGCAGAUCGGCUUAGUGUCCUUCAGAUUCACGUUACGCCCUGGUCUUGUAUUUUACACUAACACCUCUUACUUUUACGAUUGGAUCAAAGAAAAUUCGCAAUUUUUAUUACAAUGUAAAAUUAACAAUGCCCAAAAUGAGAAAAGACAUUACUACGAAUUGAAUUAA